CACAAACUCUGUAACGGUUAAUCUCUCUCCAGGUUACUCUCACACUGUUACCAAUCUGUCUCCCUUUUGCCCUCUUGCUUUUUUACCCUCUGUCUCUUGCUUACUUUGUCUUUCUUACAGAUACUACUGUCAGCAAUGUCACAUAAAGAGACCAAGCUAACCCAGAACCCUCUUGAGAAGAUUUGGAUCCCCUCCUUGAGCAGCAAGUUGUACCAACGAAGAGGGUCUUCAGUCCCACAGUUCACUAACUCUCCUACUAUGAUUGUAAUGGUGGGGUUGCCAGCCAGAGGGAAGACCUACAUCUCUAAGAAGUUAACAAGAUAUCUCAACUGGAUAGGGGUUCCGACUAAAGUUUUUAAUGUAGGUCAGUACCGGCGAGAUGCGACACAGUCAUACAAGAGCUACAAGUUCUUCAGACCGGACAACCAAGAGGCUAUGAAGAUACGCAAGGACUGUGCCAAUGCAGCUCUGAAGGAUGUGUGUGUUUACUUUAACCAGGAACAAGGACAGGUGGCCGUUUUUGAUGCCACCAACACUACUACAGAACGUAGAGAAGUCAUUCUUACCUUCGCCAAGGAAAAUGGAUACAAGGUCUUCUUCAUAGAAUCCCUGUGUGACGACCCAGAGAUCAUUGCUGAGAAUAUCAAACAAGUCAAGCUUAGCAGUCCAGACUACGAAGGCUAUGAUGCAGAGGACGCAGUGACUGACUUCCUCAAGAGGAUUGACUGUUACAAAAUGACAUACGUACCUCUGGACGAUGACAACGACAGGAGUCUCUCCUAUAUAAAGAUCUUCAACGUGGGCAGCAGAUAUCUAGUCAACCGUGUCCAAGACCACAUUCAGAGUCGUAUCGUUUACUAUCUGAUGAACAUCCACGUGACACCUCGCUCCAUUUACCUGACUCGCCAUGGAGAGAGUGAGCUGAACCUGGUGGGACGUAUCGGAGGAGACUCGGGGCUGUCCCCACGCGGAAACAAGUUUGCCAGUGCUCUAAGUGGCUACAUGCGUAGCCAAUGUAUCAGAGAUCUGAAGGUGUGGACCAGUCAUAUGAAGAGAACCAUCCAGACUGCUGAGGCUGUAGGAGUCCCAUAUGAACAAUGGAAGGCCCUUAACGAGAUAGACGCAGGUGUAUGUGAAGAGAUGACCUAUGAAGAGAUACAGGGUCGCUACCCAGAAGAGUUUGCACUAAGAGAUCAAAACAAGUACCGCUACCGCUACCCUAAGGGAGAGUCAUAUGAGGACCUGGUUCAGAGGUUGGAGCCGGUCAUCAUGGAACUGGAAAGACAGGAGAAUGUUCUGGUGGUGUGUCAUCAGGCGGUCAUGCGCUGUCUGCUAGCUUACUUCCUGGAUAAGAGUGCAGCAGAGUUGCCAUAUCUGAAGUGUCCACUCCACACAGUGCUGAAACUUACGCCAAUUGCCUACGGCUGUAGGGUUGAGUCUAUCUUCCUCAACAUUGAAGCAGUCAAUACACACAGAGACAAACCAGUGAAUGUUGAUGUGGACAGAGCGCCAAGAGAAGCUCUGCUGACUGUCCCAGACCACACCUAGAGGAGAUCACAGGAUGAAGAGAGGACAGGACGAAUAAAAAGCACAGGACAAAGACAGGAGAGGACAUGAUGAAAAGGGGACAAGAUGAAAAGAGGACAGGAUGAAGAGACAAAGCUACAAUAUUGCAAUAAAAUAAGGGUACAAUCUAGGGGACAUUGAUGAAGUAGAGACUGAAAAGGAGCUGUAAGAGUGGCUUUUAGAAUAUGGUGUUUUUGGGAGCAGAGAACAUUCCCUCCCUUUGACCUCCAUUCAACAUUUCAUAACCCAUCUAGUGUAGAACCUCCACCUACUUUAACCUCUAUACAACAUUUCAUAACCUAUCUGAACACUGUGAACAAGUUUAGCACACACAAACAUAGAAAUCUGAAGUGACAUUAAAUCAUUGCCACCCGUAUUCUU